AUGCUGAUAACAAUGCUGAUAACUGGUGAUAGCAGUGCUAACAGCCCCCAGCUGAGGGCCCUGGGCUGCCCCAAUCAGCAGAGCCAGCAGCUCAUCAGGAUGAGAACUCUCCCCAGCAGUGAUUCCUUCUCCAGAAGGUUCCUGGACAAGAUCCUUCAGCUCAGCUUGGUCAAGUACCCGCUGGAGCUCCUGGGGAAGGCGUCUGCCUGGAUCGGGCUGGUGCUCCCUGUCAGCUCCAUCAGGGACAGGCUGUGCCCCCCAUCCCGGUCCCCCGGCAGGGCAGGGCUCCUCGCCAGGAAGCGCCGGGGGAAACUGCAGCGCCUGCUGCUCUCCGUGACCCCCGCCAGCAUCCAGAGCCUGCUGGGCUGCCUCCCCAUGGACUGGGGCCAGAGCAGCGCGCCCAGGGAGAUCCGCGAGGCUCCCAUCAACCCAGACAGCAAAGGCAGCAAGAGGAAGAGGGAUGAUGUGGCUCUGGAGCAGCACGAGUCCUGGCUCGUGGUGCUGGAGAGGGACUGGCCGGAGGAGGACUCUGAGGACCCCACGUAUGAGCCCUCAGAGGUGGAGACAGACAGUGAGGAGUACCAGUCCCAAAAUGACACUGACCUGGAGCUGGAGGAGCAGGGUGAGCUCCCUGUGCUGGAGCCCUCAGCUGCCCAGGGCUCUGUGCUGCCCCCAGAGCCUGCAGCAGAGGCUCCAGCUGUGGCCAGCGGUGGGGAAGAGGCUCCAGCUGUGGCCAGCGGUGGGGAAGAGGCUCCAGCUGUGGCCAGCGGUGGGGAAGAGGCUCCAGCUGUGGCCAGCGGUGGGGAUAUCAGCAAGCAGGAGGCUGACACAACCUGUGUAACCCCCCAGGGUGCUCACGAUCCGCUCCGCCCUGCCUGCACCAUCAGGGGCGCAGGGGGGGCUGAGCCCGCAGGAGCCGAGGCUCAGCUGCGCCUGGCAGAGCGGCAGUGA